AUGGCGUCCUCCGCCGCGUCGUCGCACGCCGCCGCUAGCGCCGACGCCUCGGACGCCGUGGAGAGGCUGUCAGAGCAGCAGUCCUGCCGUGCACAGGAGGCCGUGAAGGAGGACUCGGCGGAGUCGAGGACGAUAGAGGCGAUGGUCCUGGCGGCGCCAGCCGCCUGCGGCGGGUGCGCGGCGCGGGGGCCUGCUUCGGAGCUAGAGCGGUAG